AUGUCGAAGAAUGGCUCGCUGCUGGAGACGGUGGAGACGCUGCUUAGCGUGUCCAGCUUUGUAUUCUGCUCGGUCUCGAUGAUUGUCACCAACAAGCUGGCCAUCACCGUCUUCCCCUAUGAAAGCACGUUGACCGCUUUGCAGAUGGCCUUCACUGUCUUGGUCCUCGUGGCUGCUUGGCCCACCUUGCACGUGGGCUCCCUGCGCGAUGCGCUACGCUGGUCCCUGGUGGCACCGUGCUUCGCAGGAAUGUUGUUGACCUCCAUGCCCCUCGGCACCGUGACCUUGGUCAUCGUGGUCCGCGCCAUGUCGCCGAUGUUCGCGUUGAUGGCCGAGAUGAACCGCUCGUCGGUGCUUCACGUGAACCGGCAGAUGAUCCUCUCAAUCUUCAUCAUGGUCCUAGGUGCCUUGCUCUACACGAAAGAUCUGGAGUUCCGGCACCUGGUGGGUGUCGGAUGGAUCGCCGUGAACACCUGCUUCUCCGUGCUCACGCGGCUCCUGCAGCGGAAGAUGCUGGCCGCGGACCAGAAUCCUGUGGACAUCUCGAAGAGUGGAUGCUCCUUGAUCAACAACGCCUUAGGGCUGCUGCCACUGCUGGUCACGGCCUAUUUCACAGGAGAGGUCCACUCGGCCCCAGCCGCGCUGAUGUCCCUGACACAGAGGGAGACGAAUUUGAUGGUCAUCAGCUGUGUGGUCGCAGUGGGGAUUAGCUACACGAACAUUUGGUGUCAAAGCCUCAUUAGCGCCACCAGCAUGCUGAUCCUGGUGAAUGCCAACAGGUUCUUGGUGAUUCUCCUGGAUGCCCUGCUGCUGCGCACUGACCAGCUCUCGCCCAGCCAGCUGGCUGGAGCCGUGAUCACCAUCUUGGGAGGAAUGGCUUUGGCCGCUCCAAAUACACGAGAAAAGGAGGAGAACAAGAUGCCUGAGACGGCCUAUUCACCCACGGGACGGACGAUGCAAGACGCCUAG